UACCCUGCAUGUGAUCUCUGCACAAAUCGGUCAGGAUCCCAGACUGACUGCGGAGGGUUAAACUCCUGGGAAGCGAAUGAAGAAACAGCUUUUGCUUCACUUCACGUACAGAGGACUCGUAAGAAAAGGGAAGAAAAGUAAAAGAAGAAAAUGGCCAAUUUUAUAUUGCGGAAAGCCGAGCCCAAGGACGUGCCUGACAUACUGCGACUCAUAAAGGAACUUGCAAAAUAUGAAGACAUGGAAGAUCAAGUUAUAUUGACUGAGAAAGAGCUGCUGGAGGAUGGCUUCGGAGAACACCCGUUCUACCACUGCGUCAUCGCGGAAGUGCCGAAGGAGCAGCGGACGGUCGAGGGCCAUUCUGUGGUAGGAUUUGCCAUGUACUACUUCACCUAUGACCCCUGGAUCGGGAAGCUGCUCUACUUGGAGGACUUCUACGUGAUGAAGGAGUACAGGGGUUUUGGAAUCGGGUCUGAAAUGUUAAAGAACCUCAGUCAUACGGCGGUGAAGUCUCGCUGCAGCAGUAUGCACUUCAUCGUAGCCGAGUGGAACACGCCGUCCAUCGAGUUCUACAAGCGCCGCGGCGCCGCCGACCUGUCGCUCGAGGAGGGCUGGCGGCUCUUCAGGAUCGACAAGGAGUACCUGCUCAAGAUGUCCGCCGAGGAGUGACCCGGUGGGGAGGGGGCCCGGCCCGAUUCCCACGGCUCAGUGGGGUUUCUCUGACCUGCUCGUAUUUAGCUUGCAUUUUAUGCGCGGUUUUUAACUGAGGCACACUUGGUGUUUUUAGAUGCUUGCUUUUCUUUCCUCGUUCUGUAAUCUCUGAAAGGAAACCCCUCUGAUUGUAGCUGAGAUGUGGUUCGAUGUACGUGUGCUUUUCUUUCCUCGUUCUGUAAUCUCUGAAAGGAAACCCCUCUGAUUGUAGCUGAGAUGUGGUUCGAUGUACGUGUGCUUUUCUUUCCUCGUUCUGUAAUCUCUGAAAGGAAACCCCUCUGAUUGUAGCUGAGAUGUGGUUCGAUGUACGUGUGAGGAGGUGCAGUCUCUGCUCUCCUUCCUGUGCAGCCUGCCCUGUCUGCAGCUCAUCUGCUUUGAGUAAAAACGUAC